AUGCUCCGCUUUACCGUCCGGCUGCUACGCGGAGCAACCUCCGCCGCGAUCAGCUGCCCACCCCGCCGCCGCUUCAACACAUUAGCGCCGAUCCCCGCCGCCGGAGCACCCAACAAGGACGCCUACUUUGCCGCAAUCCACCAAAUAACCAACAUCGUCCGCCGCGACAUCUACCCGGAGCGCACACUAAACAAGCUCAAUCUCCCAGUUAACUCCGAGCUUGUCUUCCGCGUCCUCCGCGCCCUCUCCCAUUCCCCGACGGAAUCCAUCCGCUUCUUCACCUGGGCCCGAGGACACUACACCCCGACCUCCAUCGAAGUCGAGGAGCUCAUCAAAACCCUCGCCCGUGGGAAAAGAUAUGCUUCUAUGUGGCGUCUCAUAACUCAGAUGCGAGAUCAGAGCCGGCGGAUGGUAAAUACACCUGAACACGAGAGAGCUUUCUGCGUUUCCGCCGAGACUGUCUGCUUUAUUAUUGAGGAGUAUGGCAAAGGUGGGCUCGCAGACCAGGCAGUUGAAGUGUUCAAUAAGUGCAGCAGCUUGAAUUGUGAUCAGGGUGUAGAGGUUUAUAAUUCUUUGCUUUUCGCCUUGUGCGAAGUCAAGAUGUUUCACGCAGCUUAUGCUCUGAUAAGAAGGAUGGUUAGAAAGGGUUUGGUUCCUAAUAAGCGGACCUAUGCUGUUCUUGUCAAUGGGUGGUGUUCUAGUGGGAAAUUUAAAGAGGCUCAGGAGUUUUUGGAUGAGAUGAGUAAGAAGGGGUUUAACCCUCCUGUGAGAGGGAGGGAUUUGUUGAUUGAAGGUUUGUUGAGUGCAGGGUAUUUGGAGACUGCCAAGGAUAUGGUUAAGAAGAUGAAUAAAGAGGGUUUUGUUCCGGAUGUUAAUACUUUUAAUUCUUUGGUGGAAGCAAUUUGUCAAUCAGGGGAGAUUGAUUUUUGCAUGGAAAUGUAUCAUGGUGUGCGCGAAUUAGGUCUUGUUCCUGAUAUAAAUAGCUAUAAGAUUUUGAUUCCCGCAGUUUCAAAGGUGGGUAGGAUGAAUGAUGCUUUUAAGCUGUUGCAUAGGUCUAUCGAAGAAGGACACAGGCCAUUUCCUAGCCUGUAUGCACCAAUAAUCAAGGGACUUUGCAGGAUAGGGAAAUUUGACGAUGCAUUUUGUUUCUUUGGUGAAAUGAAGGUAAAAGGUCACCCUCCGAAUAGACCAGUCUAUACAAUGUUGAUAACCAUGUGUGGGCGUGGUGGGAGGUCUUUGGAGGCAGCCAAUUAUUUAAUAGAGAUGACUGAGAUGGGGUUGACUCCUAUUUCCAGAUGUUUUGAUUUGGUUGCUGAUGGGUUAAAGAACUGUGGGAAGCAUGAUCUGGCUAAGAGGAUAGAGCAGUUGGAAGUAUCUCUUUCCACGGUGUGA